UUAAAUAAAAACUAAAAACAUGUCAAUUGGAACAAUGUAAAUAAAAAUAAAUUAAAAAGUUUUUAAAAAAAUGUCGUCAACCAAUGUAAGCGUAGAAAGUGCACAAGCGGAAAAAAAUAAAAAAUUUAAAAUACAAGCCGCCGCAUUUUUGGGUUUAGUAGGAGGAACUUCAGCACUUUUUGGUUUUUCUCGUGCACUUACUAAAGCGAAAAAUACCGAUAAGGAAUUAAUUGCUCAAAGUGGAAAGAAAGCCGUUUUGCUUAUGGAUGAAGGUUCAAUGCUAGCGAUGCGUGCAUUAGGUUGGGGAACUUUAUAUGCUGUGCUUGGUACAGGAAUUUUUUGCUACGGCAUCUGGAAACUCUCAGGAGCGAAUAAUAUGGAAGAGUUUCGUAUGAAGAUGGGAAGUGGACUCCCUAAACUAACAAAAAGCGAGCCACCUACUAGUCGGACAGAAUUCGAUGGACUAACAGAUCUUAUGAAGUACUUAGCUUCGUGGGGCAAAGAAUAACAGAUACAUUGUUACACACACACACACACACAUUGUUCAUAGUUAUAUUUUCAAAUUUCAUCAAA